AUGUCAGUCAUCUUCCUCCAUCAUCUCACCGAUCUCCUCAAAGUAAAACCUCUCAGACACACAUCCACCACAAUGCCAGCCAACUUCUCAAUCAACAUCGACAACCAGUCCUUCACCUCCGCCGAGCUGCCAGAGGAGGAAAUGGUCCUACUUGUCCACGCCAUAUAUGUCGCCGGCCGCAGUCCUCCUGUCUCCGUCUCCGAAGCCCUUCGAGAGUGCCUUGAAAUCGUCCGCAAGACCCACAUUCGCGAGAGAGUCCGAAUAUCAGCAUGUGCAGUCAUCUUCAGAACAAUGGAAGAUCACCACGAAGACACCUGUACACAUCAGGAAGAACACACUCAGCGCUUCUUCGACUGGCACAAGGCUCUGCUGAACCCGGCAAAUGGCAUGGUAGAAGCUAUAGCAAGCGCGGAGGUCAGUCUUGGCGAAAUUCAACAAAUGGAGCGUAUGGUCGGCCUCUUUCGUGCUGCUGGAGGCUCGUUGGGUCAGUGUCCGGCCGCUCAUGGGAUCGAAAGCCUGAGAGCACAGGGUGUUCGUCUGGCGAACGCCGCGGGCAGGGCUUUGUAG